AUGGGCCGGUUCCUCAUCUUUUCUUCUUUCAGUCUCUCUCUUUUCCUCUUACCGGGCGUCCUCGCUGGCUUUGAACCAGGCCACAAUCUUCCAUCGUUGGCAUUGGCCGCAGCUCUUUGCGUCCCGGGCCUUUUCGUCUCCGGCGUCUCCGGCUAUGUCCUGCCAGUGACGCCUUCCCGUGAGGAGAUGGCUUGGAAACGUGACUCUCUCCUCCCACGAGCGCACAAGCAUUCCAACAAGAACAAAGACAGUGGUGCUGCCGCCGCCGCCUCAAGCAAUCAAACUGUAGUCGACGCCGCUGCUGCUUGUAUGGUUGCGGCAAUGGAAGCUGCUGUCAACCAGACCGGCGUAGCCAACGUCACCGAAGCCGUGGCCACGAGCAACACCACCAUGGCCGACAUCGUCAAGGCGUGUGCCGGAAACUCUACGGACUUGGUCCAGGCUGUAGCUGUGGCCAUGAACGAGACGGCAGCCUCAGCCAACGUUACCAGCGACACAGCCGCAAGCAAUGUUACAGCUGACACAUCUUCAACCAAUUCCACUUCCUCGUCGACCGACACCGAUACUGGGAAUGGAAACAACAAUGACAAUGGCAACAGCAACAGCAACGGCAGCGGCGGGGGUCGAGGCAAAAACAACGACAACAAUAACGCUAUCAACGUGGUCAUUGAUGACGCCUUGCAAGUCAUCAACAAUGUCAUAGGCAAGCGGGGCUUCUCUGACGACCUCGUCACGAAAACGAAGCGCGACAACACGAAAUAUCGGGAAAGCGUGGUGCGCAAGAAGUGGGUCGCCGGGCUGGAUGAACGGGCAUUCUGA